CAAACUCUUAGUCAAUCUCAAUCCAUCCAAUUCCAUCUCCUCGGCAUAACAAAGAAAAGAAAAUGUCAACCGAUUCACAACCAUCCACGGUACUAUCCCUUGCUCGUUUAGCCACCCUCACAGCUCACCUCCUCCCCUCCGGCAACCAACAACCCUCUGAUCACCUCCUCCCCCACCCUCUCUUAGCUCAAUCACCCGUGGCCAACCUCAAUGGCACCUUAACCAUUGUUGAUGAGAGAACCGGCAAGAAAUACCAAGUUCAAAUUUCUCCAGAUGCCACUGUCAAAGCCACUGAUCUCAAGAAGAUAACAACUGGUAAAAAUGACAAGGGGCUCAAGUUAUAUGAUCCUGGCUAUUUAAACACAGCUCCUGUUCGAUCAACAAUUAGUUAUAUUGACGGUGAUGAGGGGAUUCUUAGAUAUAGAGGCUACCCAAUUGAGGAGUUGGCAGAGAAAAGCACUUUUAUGGAAGUGUCGUAUCUCAUUAUGUAUGGAAGUUUACCCACCGAAAGUCAGUUAGCUGAAUGGAAUUUUGCUAUAUCUCAGCAUUCAGCUGUUCCACAAGGAGUUUUGGAUAUCAUACAAUCAAUGCCUCAUGAUGCACAUCCUAUGGGUGUCCUUGUGAAUGCCAUAAGUGCUCUUUCUGUCUUUCAUCCCGAUGCAAAUCCUGCUCUCCAAGGUCUUGAUAUUUACAACUCGAAGGAAGUGAGAGACAAACAAAUAGCUCGGAUUAUUGGAAAGAUUACAACAAUUGCUGCUACAGUUUAUCUUAGAAUGGCAGGAAGGCCUCCCGUGCUUCCAUCCAACCAACUAUCUUACACAGAGAACUUCCUAUACAUGCUUGAUUCUUUAGGCAACCGGUCAUAUAAACCCAAUCCUCAGCUAACUCGUGCACUAGACAUUAUCUUCAUCCUGCACGCAGAACAUGAAAUGAAUUGUUCUACAUCUGCUGUCCGACACCUUGCAUCAAGUGGUGUGGAUGUAUAUACUGCUAUUGCCGGGGCUGUUGGAGCUCUAUAUGGACCUCUUCAUGGUGGAGCUAAUGAGGCUGUCCUCAAAAUGCUAAGUGAAAUCAGAACUGUUGAGAACAUUCCAGAAUUCAUUGAAGGUGUCAAAACCAGGAAACGAAAGCUCUCUGGUUUUGGACAUCGAGUUUACAAAAACUAUGAUCCCAGGGCAAAGGUCUUAAAAAAAUUGACAGAGGAAGUGUUUUCCAUUGUUGGCAGGGAUCCUCUUAUUGAGGUUGCAGUUGCUUUGGAGAAGGUUGCACUAUCUGAUGAAUAUUUCAUCAAGAGGAAGCUAUAUCCAAAUGUUGACUUCUACUCCGGAUUAAUUUAUAGGGCCAUGGGUUUUCCACCCGAAUAUUUCACAGUUUUAUUUGCUAUCCCUCGAAUGGCCGGGUACUUGUCACAUUGGAGAGAGUCGUUGGAUGAUCCUGAUACAAAGAUUAUGAGACCUCAACAGGUUUAUAUCGGAGAAUGGUUACGUAAUUAUAUGCCAAUCAAGCAAAGGACUGAAUCAAGUGAUGCUGACAAGCUUGGUCAAGUUACCAUAUCAAAUGCCUCAAAGCGGAGACUUGCUGGAUCUAGGAUGUAGCCUAUGUGGACUAAGAUCACAAGGGGUGCCUGUUUCUGCAGAAACAAUGCAAUUGCGGUUCCAAUCCCUUCAAUAACCUAAUGGAAGAAUGAUGCUGGUGGGAUUUGUCAUCAAUAGUUCUACUUUUGAAGUCUCCUUUGUUAAAACUACGAAAAGAAUUAAUAAUAGACAUAGUUUAAAUAUCUCAUGGGUAGUAAUAUGUAUGAUUGAUUACAUUUGUUGUGUUAAAGCAGUAAAUAUAAUAUUCAGUUUACCAGUGUGA